AUGACACCCGAGGUCGCAGUUGUGGUCGCCGUUGUUGUUGCCGUGGUCGUCUGCGUAAUUGUUGAGGCAGGCGAAGUUGUGGAGACAGUGGUCGUAACCGUGGUUGAGGCAACAGUCGAGACUGUGGCAGUGGUGGAGGCUGACGUCGAUGAAGCCACUGAGCUGGCAACAGUCGACUGA